AUUAAAAAUAUAUCUAUAAGUGAGAUCAGAAUAACCAGUGAGGCUCUGUUCUUCUAUAAUAAUGAAAGAACCUCUAUAAACUUUCAAUAUGUGCUAGAAAUAACUAUGGAACCUCUGAAGCAAGCCAAAAUCUCUUUAUAUCUUGGUGACUUAUGGUCAACUGACAUCUCUGACUAG